GAUCUUGAAGCAACAGCUCUGGGCUCUUCGCCUAACAAGGCCGCAGAAAGAAGAGCCAUGGAUUACUAUAAAAAAUAUGCUGCAGUCAUUCUGGCCACAUUGUCUGUAUUUCUGCACAUUCUCCAUUCCCUUCCAGAUGGAGAUUUUGUGUCGACUGAGCUUAUGACAGGCUGUCCAGGAUGCAGGCUAAGGGAAAACAAAUUCUUCACCAAGAUCGGGUUCCCCGUCUAUCAGUGCAUAGGAUGCUGCUUCUCCAGGGCUUACCCUACUCCCGCACGAUCAAAGAAGACAAUGCUGGUUCCAAAGAAUAUCACAUCAGAAGCAACGUGCUGUGUGGCCAAUCAGUCCGUAAAGGUUACAGUGAUGGCUGACACACAGGUAGAGAACCACACUGAAUGCACUUGUAGUACCUGCUAUUAUCACAAAUCUUAAUCCUGAGGUGUAAGACUGCUGUUUGCCUGAAAGGAAAAACAAGUUGCCUUCCCAGCACUGCGAUGUAAAUCCUUGGUUUCCUUCCCAACGUGCUUCGGUGUGCCUUGCAAUGUACUGUCAUUUUACUGCUUUUAUCCC